AGGCACAUUCAUGGUCUGGUGGACUGGCGGAGAAUGGGAGAGCGCAGCGCUGCAGAGGGAGGGAGGGAGACAGAGGAGGAGGAACCACUGCAGGAAAAAAAAGUUAAAGUAAAAAUGGCUUCCUUGUCUUUGGAGUCUACAGAACAAUCUGAGAACAGCACAGAGGAGCCAACGGCAGCGGACUACAAAGAAGAGCAAGAUCCGGUGCAAGUUUCGGAACAACUACUCCAAAGUUUCCAAAAGUCGGCUCUGAGUUUUUCCACUGACCAGGUCUCAUGUCUGUGCGAGGCCCUCCUGCAGGCGGGCAAUGUGGAUCGCCUGUGGAGAUUUCUCUCCACCAUACCUCCUUCGUCCGAGCUGCUACGUGGCAACGAGACCCUGCUGAAGGCCCAGGCACUGGUGGCUUUCCACCGGGAGGAAUUCAAGGAGCUGUACGCCAUCCUGGAGAGCUACGACUUCCACCCGUCUAACCAUGGGUUCCUGCAGGACCUGUACCUGAAAGCCCGCUACAAGGAGGCGGAGAGGUCCCGGGGCCGCAGCUUGGGCGCAGUGGACAAGUACCGGCUCAGGAAGAAGUUCCCCUUACCCAAAACCAUCUGGGACGGAGAGGAGACCGUGUACUGCUUCAAAGAAAAGUCCCGAAAUGCUCUAAAAGAGUGCUACAAGAGUAACAGGUAUCCAACUCCGGAUGAGAAGAAAAACCUGGCCAAAGUCACCGGGCUGUCCCUCACACAGGUCAGCAACUGGUUCAAGAACCGCAGGCAGAGGGACAGGACCCCGUCUGGGACACACAGCAAAAGUGAGUCUGAUGGGAACCACAGCACUGAGGACGAGGCGAGCCCCAUGGACGACGCUCCCGACAAACCAGAGGAGGCCGCCGGCUCCACAGCGUCCAUCAUCUCUCUCUCUGCCGUCCCCUGCAGCACGGGAGGCCAGCUCAUCCUCAACGGCUCCGGAGGCUUCCUCACAGCCCCCCAGUCAUUAUUACUCAACGGAAACUCCCUGAUCUCCGGCACCGGUGCUGGUGUCAUAAUUAACGGGCUAAGCUUGGGCGAUUGCCAGACGGUCACACUGAGUCCUGUUGCAACCAACUCUCCUUUGAUACUGAACGGGGCUCAGGUCAUAACCAAACCGAGUAUCAGUGUUCAGCCGCAGCAAGCUGUUUCUGUGGCACCGCACGAGGUUUCGGCCGUGGAGGCCAAGCCGAACAGUCUUCCAGCAGUCGUUCUUAGCACUAACACCACGCCAGUCUCAAACCCUCCCUCCAUCAUCUCUCCACUUCUGCAAGCCAAAACAGAAAGCGGCACUGCGAUUGAUUUCAUCCCUGAAUCAGAGGGCAGCAGCCAGACAGUCUCUUCUUCCUCAUCUUUAUCCCCUUCCUCACCAACUCUGUCCUCCCCUACAAGCCUCCCCUCGCUAGUCUUAACACAAAACACCCAGCGCCAGGACACGCUCACCCUCCCGGCCUCCAUGUCGUCUGCAGGCAUGGUAAUCAGUUCUGUUUUUGUCACAGCGAGCUCCCAGUUAAACCCUUCUAGCUCUGUGGUUUCCUCCAGCAGCUCCACCCCUCAGGUCUUCUCUCUGCCGCAGGUUGUGCCUUCCAUCCAGGGUAUACCAGUAUCCCAACUGGUCCAGCACUCUUCAGGAGCGCAGGUGUCCCAGUGCCCUCAGCUGGUCCCAGUAUCCCCCAUCACCUCGCCGGCUCCUCAGUUCCAAAACCAGACAGUGAACACGAGCAACAGACUGGUGCAACAGCAACAGGAUGCGUCGCCGACUCUGUCCGAAGGCGCCACGACCAUCGUCUCUAUCUCCCAGUUUAACAAUCAGCUCUCACAGCGAACGGUACAUCAACUGGGGGACCAAAGCACAAACUCCACACCCAACAAAAUCCAGGUCCCACAGGUUAUUUCCAUCGCUUCGCCAACACAAGUAGUCCCGGUCCCCCAGGCCAAAGGCGCCACACCAGCACAGUUAGUCCCCCUCUCCAUGCCUCAGCUGGUCCCAGUCUCCUCCAUCCAAACGUCCUCCACCAUCUCUUUCCCCCAAGUGGUACCUGCCAGUCCGUCCCUCUCCAUCCCCUCCGCUGGAGUGCCCUUACAGAUCCUGACUUCAGCUCCUACAGGCGUCUCACAGGGUCCUCUGAGGAUAAACCAGCUGAGGCCCAUUCAGAGUGUCGGCCCCCCAACCAGCGUGGCCCCUGGUGUGCAGCUCCUCAACUCUGGGAUCAUUCAGCUGCCGCCUGCUCCUCCAGGUAACCUUCUCCUCGGUGGAAGUCCCUACCUGAGUGUCCAGCAAGGCAAGCUGAUUCUGACCAUCCCAGCAGGCAUCCAACUCACCAGUUUGCCCCUGAAACCAGUCGCUGAACCCUCACCCAUCUCUGCUAAUGGAGUGAGCCCCGCUCUUACCCCCUCCACUCCUCCUGCAGCCUUAACCAGCUCAGGCCCGACCCCCAGUGGCCUCACACCAUCGCCCCUAAACUUCAUCAACAUGUCUCCACCGUACUGCGCUCCAGAGACUGGGACACCUGCCGUCCCCUCCCCUCAUGCUCUGGACCAUUCAGUCACCACAACGCCGAACACUCUCACCCCAGAAAGUAUGCUUACCCUCAGUCCCAUGUACAGCGGGGUGACACCCAGCACCCAGCUGUCCCAACCCGCCUGGAGCCCCGUGCCUCUUUCCACAUCAGCUAGUCUAACUGUGUUUGAUGUCCGCGGGAAGGGCGACCUACCUGUGGACCCAGCGUUGUUAGGCCUGCCUGGAGGAGAGUCGCUGCUUCUGGGAAGCCCCUCGCCAGAGCAGGAUGUAGAAGCCAACUCGGCGCUGGGGAAUCCAGAGGAGAUGGACGGGGACUCCAAGAUUCUUACUCAGCUCCAGUCUGUCCCUGUGGACGAUGAUCUGGGCUUGUAGUCUGUUUACCUGGCUGGUUGGCAACCCAUGUCUCUAAAAAACACAAAAACAAUGAAACACACAGUAGGCUGCAGACUUUGCUGUCUGAAAGAUUAUAUUCCACAUUGUCAGACCUCCAAGAGCCAAACAUUUGCAUUUUUACAAAAUGUUUAGUACAAAAAGGUAAAGUCCGCCCCCUUUUAGUGGACCACCGUGGGACCUUAUUUCGGAAAAAGACUCGACGGUAGUUAAUGCGGAGUGACAUAUUUUGUAGAUCCUUUUUGAAAUGUACCAUGAAUUACACCUAUGAUGUAUGUCAUUUUACAAAUCAAGAACGUCACAGUUUGUGCCUGCAUCUCUUGAGCAAGAUGAGGAAUGUAGUUUACUACGUGGUUUCACACAAAAUUAAAUGGUACUACAACAAACCUACGAAAAACCGUAAUGUUACUCAUUUUAAAAUAAAGGGAUCUUUUGGGGCACCCAGGAGCUCACUUGGUGGAGCAGUUGUCCCAUAUACAAAGUCCUUGAUGCAAGAGCUGCAGGCUAGACUCUGAUCUGCAGGGUUAAAAAGAUAUAUAUCUUUUAUACUGACAAAUGUGUAAUUCAUGGCACAAUUCAAACGGGAUCAAAAAAUUAUUUGUCUCUUGCUGUUGACUACUGACCAUAUAUUUUUUACAAAAUUAGGACCCAUUUGCGAAUCCUAGGAUAGCGAAAGAAUGACCCGCCUUGAGCUUCUUAUGAUUGUCAAGUACUUGUUUCCUUUGUUAGUAACACUGGUGAGGUGUAGGCCAAAGGAGUGAGAAAAGUUAGGGUUAAGUAGGCCAAUCCCUCACUAGCCUAGGAUUCACUCAUUUGCAUGGGGGACACUGGAAAGGGAGGGACAUUGCCUGUCUCUGCUCUCUCAGCAGGGCCAGAUACCAUCAUGGUCUUAGCUGGCGCUUUUGAGAUAAAUCCUCUGCGGUUAUAUUUCACAUGGAGGGGCAUGGUUAUAUGGGAUGUUCUCAUGCGUCUCUGAGUUUGGUUUUUUACUAAAAUCCGUACGUGCCUUAUCAGUUUUAUCAGAUUCUGAUAGAAGAACUAACUCAGCUCAGUCUGCACGCCUCAGUUACAGGUAGCAGUUUUUAAAAAAGAGACUAUCAUGAGGCUGUAUUACGCAAGGCGUUAUGGCUUUGCCUCUUCUAUCAGCUCCUCUUUGCAGUUUUGUGGACUACAGACUAAGUUCAGCUGUUCUUGGAAAUGAUGUCUGGGGUUUUUGCUGGCAGUAGAAGUACUUCAUUUUAGAUCCACCGCAGUAACUUUACACCAGACUAUCUGGCAAAAGCAUGAAUUUAGAAGUAGCUGAGCAUUGCCGGCCAGUCCAGGACUCAGACUUUCAGGACGUAUUCUAGCAAGACUACAGGAACAUAGUGAAGAUUAUUUUCUUCACAAACAGAGCUUAGUUGAUUUUUAUGUGAUUACAUCAUAGCUUCAAGGGCUAUACAGCAGUAUUUUAUUAGAGUUACUGAAGUCUGGGCUGAAAAAUGCUGCCAAACUGCAUUUUAUCAGUCAACUGUUCUAAAAGACUUUCUGCAGUUUUCCAGUGAGAAUGCUGCCCUCCAUUAUUAAAACUAUAACAGGAAACAAAAGGGUCUAUACUCUAUGCAAUGCAUGUUUAGUUCUUUAUAAGACACUAUGUGGCACAAUGACUGAGUUUAAAAGCCAGUAUAUUUGGGAGAUGAGAGAAAGCUUUCAAAUGAAGCAUGCAUGACACUAAAGCAUUUGCUGUGAUCCCACUUAGUGUUGCAUCCAAAAUCUUUUGUUGAUAUAUUGUUAAGUGCCUUAUUUUAAAGAUAACUGGUUUAAAUUUCUUUUCCAACAGUUUUUCAAGUGCUAUACACCGACCAAAUGCUGGGAUUCACUUUUUGGACUUUUUUGAAUACCCACAUUUCUGCGUCUGUUUGAUCUCCAGUGAAAUAUAAUGUGACAGUUUUGGUUGCAUUGUCAUAGCUCAAUCUCCUAUUUGUAUAUUUUGCACCUUUCAUCCACACAAUGUUUACGCUGCGCUGCCAUGUUGUUAUGACAGUGGUUGGACUCAUAUUCUGCUCUGAUGUCCUUUCUAAAUUGGACCUUAGAAGGGAAGCUUUUGUAUUUUUUGAACCUGGACCCUAUUUUCCCAUGUCUCUGUGUCAAAGUGACUAAUAGAGACAAGCUUUUUAAAACUGCUCCAGAAUUAAGCAAGAAUGCUGCAGUUGGAAAACAGACUGCACCACCCUGUAAAGUGUUUGUAUUUGUCACUGACAGGCUAGGAUUGUUAUUAUAAAUGUCUUGCAACAUUAUGGAGAAGACUACAGAGAAAUGACACAUUUUUCUUUCACUUUUGCUGAUCUUAUUGUAAUUUUGACCAAGUCUCAUUUAAGCAGAGAUCUUAUUUUAAAGUCUUGUGGUAAAUGACAAAGCAACAUUGGAAAAGUUGGUGGGAGUUGAAUCAAUCUGAGCCUGUCAAAAGCAAAAACAAGCAAACUGACGGUGCAGAAUUGCUCAUAGGGAUUAGGUUGCAUGUUUUGCUGCUCUGGCUGCAGUGCUCUUGCUAAAUACAGUCCAAAACUGUUGUCUGUUUGAGUCACUCAAAUACAAAAAAUGUGGGAAAAUAGGAUCCAGGUUGAAAAAUACAGAAGUUUCACUUUAAUAAAAACCCAAAUGACAGAAUUAGAUACCGAUUUCCUGAUCAAAUCUGUUGUAAACUGAUGGAAAAGCUCCUUCAAUUACAACCUAAAAUUUCUCAUCAUCACAUGAGCUUUCCACCAUCAUAACACAGGUAGCGGUCAACCUUUAGCCAAUUAUGGUACACAAAAAACAUUCGUGUCGCAUCUAGUUACAAUAAUGGCCUUUGUGGGGUCUUUUUUAUUACUAUGUCUGUUGUUUGUCUUUUCUGUACAUUUAAUCUAUUUAAAGCAUGUAUCAAUCAGUGAGAAAUGAGUCCUUUUGGAAAAACGCAGAUAGGAAAUGAUAUUCAUUUUCACUUAGAAGGUCACAUUGUUGUGCAAACUGAGGUUUUUAUUAUCUUAGACUACAGAUAUUAAAUUGAUUUAGAAUCACAGGGGGUCAUCCCUGUUAUUACAUUUAAUUUGUUCCCAGUGGCCUUUGGGUAGAUUUUUAAAUAGCUUGGACAAAUCAAUUUUAGUCUGAAUUUAACUGAACAUUGAAAUCAGUAGUUAGGGGAAAAGGGAAACGUGUCCUACAUGUAAAAUACGGUAGCCUGCGUUUGUUUAUAUGAGCCAUUUCUUACCAAAGUAUGUAGACGUUAAAGCCUCUGUGGGCUUCUGCACAUGUGUACCCGUUCGUUGUAGCCUCGGAUACAUUUUCACUCUCCUACCUGACACAUAUGACUCCAGUUUUAACCAAAGAUAAUGUAUUUUGUUUGACUUUUUGAUAGUUGUGAAAGGGAUUGUGUGUGUCUGUCAUUCAAGGUUCUUGUUUUCUCAUUUUUGUAUUCAAAUGCAUUCUAUUUUUUAUAUUACAUAUUAUUGUAAUAAACUACAUUUACAAAAGAA